AUGGUUAAAGCUGUUGCCGUCCUUAGAGGAGAAAAAUCCGUCAGUGGUAUCGUCCACUUUGAGCAGGCCUCCGAGUCUGACCCAACCACCAUCUCUUGGGAGAUCACUGGUAACGACGCCAAUGCUUUGAGAGGUUUCCACAUCCACACUUUUGGUGACAACACCAACGGUUGCACCUCUGCUGGUCCUCACUUCAACCCAUUUAGCAAGGAGCACGGUGCCCCAGAAGAUGACAACAGACACGUUGGUGACUUGGGUAACAUUACCACCGACUCCGAGGGUGUCGCCAAGGGUUCCAAGCAGGACACUUUGGUGAAGUUGCUUGGUGCCGACUCCAUCAUUGGUAGAUCCGUCGUUGUUCACGACGGUACUGAUGACUUGGGUAAGGGUGGCCACCCAGACUCUUUGAAGACUGGUAACGCCGGUGGCAGACCAGCUUGUGGAGUCAUUGGUUUGACCGAUUAA